AUGCUCCUCACAACUUUCCUCUUUGCCACACUGUGCGUUUUUGCGCGCUUGGACACCUUGGACACUUUUACGCACGGCUGCCAGCUGCCCUCUGAGUGGCGGCCGCUGAGCGAGGGCUGCCGGGCGGAGCUGGCGGAGAUCAUCGUGUACGCGCGGGUCCUGGCGAUCCACCGGGAGCCGCUGGGCUUUCGGACCUUCAGCCUGCACAACUCGUUGCCCAUGGGCUUCGGCUACGAGAGCGCGGAGGAAGGGCUGCUGUACUCGGCGGAGGUGGAGCUGCUGUGCGACCAGGCCUGGGGCAGCAUGCUGGAGGUGCCUUCUGGAUCCAGGCUCAACCUGACCGGGCUGGGGUACCUGUCCUGUCAGUCCCACACUGUGAUGGAGAACUACUCCUACUUCUUUUUCCUCAGGAUGGAUGAGAACUACAGCAUCCUUCCUCACGGCGUCAACUUCCAAGACGCCAUCUUCCCGGACUCGGCAGAGAACAGGCGCAUGUUCUCCAGCCUUUUCCAGUUCUCCAACUGCACCCUGGAGAGCCAGCCGUUCAGAUCCUUCAGCCCUGAGUGGGACGUCCAGGAGGACAACAGGGUGAGACACACACAUAUGGACACAAACACACAAAACUGACAGUUUCA